AUGCGUGUAAUUCCUCAAGUUGUUGCCUAUAAAUAUGCUUUGGAACCGCAUCGCGGAGGGCUAUCCCAAAGCCGAAAGGUGAGCCCCGAGACACUUAGAUCUCUCAUGGCUCGUCUCCCACCUUUUCUCUUGCUCCUCGCAGCAACUUGUGCGGCGGUAGCGAACGCGCAGCUGUCGGAGAACUACUACGGUUCUUCUUGCCCCGCGGCGCUUCUCACCAUCAGGACAACCGUGGCGACGGCGGUGCUGCUCGACCGCCGCAUGGGCGCCUCCCUUCUCCGGCUAUACUUCCACGACUGCUUUGUGCAAGGGUGCGACGCGUCGGUGCUGCUGGACGACACGCCCAGCUUCACCGGCGAAAAGGGGGCGGGGCCGAACGCAGGGUCGCUGCGCGGCUUCGAGGUGAUUGACAGGAUCAAACUGCUGCUGGAGCUGAUUUGCCCGCGGACCGUCUCUUGCGCCGACAUCCUCGCCGUCGCUGCCCACGACGCCGUCGUCGACCUAGGGGGGCCAUCAUGGACGGUUCUACUUGGGAGGAGGGACGCCACCACCGCAAGUGCGUCCUUGGCCAACAGUGACCUCCCCGGCCCCAACUCCAACCUCAAUGAUCUCCUCGCCGCUUUCUCCAAGAAGGGAUUAAGCAGCACCGACAUGGUUGCUCUCUCAGGGGGGCACACCAUCGGCCGGGCGCAAUGCCAGAAUUACCGAAACCGGAUCUACGCCGACACCGACAUCGACGGGACCUUCACGGCGUCGCUGCGAGGCGACUGCCCACAGGGUGGUGGCAACGACGGCAACCUCACGCCUCUCGACGCGUCCUCGCCCGACUACUUCGACAACAGCUACUUCUCCGGCCUCCUCAGCCAUCGGGGGCUGCUCCACUCCGACCAGGCGCUGUACGACGGCGGCUCCACGGACGGUCUGGUUAGCAGCUACGCGUCCAACAAUGAUCAGUUCGGCAGCGACUUCGCGGCCGCGAUGGUGAAGCUGGGCAAUCUCGGUGUGCUCACGGGGGCGUACGGUGAAAUCAGGGUCAACUGCCGGGCGGUAAACUGA